AAAGUCUCCGCAGGCGCCUUGAUAUACGCUGGCUCAGCGAGUCCCUUUGGUAGUCGUGGAAGAACCAUCGCAAAAACUAAAUCACCCAUCUAUCACCAUUGGCAAAAAUGGACGUUCGCAAAAUCUUGGUCGUGGGCGCCACUGGUGCGCAAGGCAGCGCCACUGUUGCCGCUCUGGCUGCCCUUUUGCCUUCACAUCCACACCUGCAAAUCCUGGCCCUGACCCGGUCAGCGACAGCCCCAAAAGCACAAGCCCUCAAGGAGAGGUAUCCAAGUGUCACGAUCGUGCAAGGCGACUUGACGGAUCCAGCGGCAUUCCUGGAUUCCCACAGCGACAUAGACUCCAUCUUCCUCGUCACGGUACCACCCAACGACGAGGCACAUGGCGUGGUAUUCAUCGAUGCAGCCGUCGCCCGCAACAUUAGGCACAUCGUCUUCAGCAGUGUCGACCGUGGCGGCGAGGACAAGAGCUGGACCAAUCCCUCGACAGUCGCCCAUUUCGCAGCCAAGCACCGGGUAGAGCUGCACCUGCGCGCAGUAACUGCCAAAGACCCUGCGACCACGCGCUGGACAAUACUACGGCCCGCUGGGUUCAUGGACAACUACCGACCGUCCAGCUUCGGCAGCAUGAUGGCGGGCCUCUGGGCGACCAUGCCGGCCGACAGGAAGAUGCAGCUCGUGAGCGUCGAAGACAUUGGCAAGGUUGCCGCUGCGAUACUGGUGAACCCGGAACCGUGGGUUGGGAGAGCCGUGGGACUGGCCGGCGAUGACUUGACGUUCCAAGAGGCCGAUGGAGCUUACAAGAGGGUCUACGGGCACGAGAUGCCUAGAACAUGGGGCCUCUUGAGCCGAGGAGUGAGAUGGGCGGUUGCCGAUGCCAGACAGAGCAUGGACUGGUUCGAGAAGGAAGGAUUCAGUGUGGAUAUGGAAUUGCUGGGACGGGAUGGGUUUGGUUUGCAAGACUUUGAGACCUGGCUUAGGAGUGACAAGGAGAGGCCUCUGGUCGAGGAAGUCCCUCGCACUGAGGGGAACAAAUGAAAAAACAGUGCCAGCCUUA